UCCUACCGGCCUCAGGCGCGCGCCAGGAGCUCCAUGUGGGGCCGCCAAAGCCGAGCCGUGCUGAGUCCGGUUGCCGUAGCAACGCGGGCUUCGGUGUGGGCCUGACUAGACCUCGCCUCCCUCGCGGGACCCGCGAUGUGCAGCUGGGCCGCGGCGGGGCGGCGGCUGAGCGGCUGCCGAGCGCGCGCCGCGCUCCCCGGAGCCCCCGGGCGGGGGGGCAGCUCGUGGCCCGGCGGGAGCCGGGCCGUGAACCUGACCGAGCUGCUGCAGAGCUCGGUGGGGGACGAGGAGGCGGCGACGCGGCGGCGGCGGCCCCCCCAGGAGGGCACCGUGCUGCUCUUCCCCGGCCAGGGCAGCCAGUUCGUGGGGAUGGGCCGGGGGCUCCUGCGCUACCCCAACGUCAGGGACAUGUUCCGGGUGGCCGAGAAGGUGCUGGGCUACGACCUGCUCUCGCUCUGUCUGCAUGGGCCGCAGGCCGAGCUGGACCGCACCCUGCACUGCCAGCCUGCCAUCUUCCUCGCCUCCCUGGCCGCCGUCGAGAAGCUCAACCACCAGCAGCCCAGUGUCAUUGAGAACUGUGUUGCAGCUGCUGGGUUCAGUGUUGGAGAGUUUGCAGCCCUGGUGUUCGCUGGAGCCUUAGAUUAUACAGAAGCCUUGUAUGCAGUGAAAGUGCGUGCUGAAGCUAUGCAAAAGGCAUCAGAAGCUGUCCCAAGUGGAAUGCUAUCAGUUAUUGGUCAACGCGAGUCAAAUUACAACUUUGCCUGCUUGGAAGCUCGUGAACACUGUAAAUCAUUGGGUAUAGAAAAUCCUGUGUGUGAAAUUUCAAAUUACCUGUUUCCAGAUAGCAGAGUCAUUGCAGGACAUUUGCAGGCUUUGGAAUUCUUGCAGGAGAAUUCCCGAAAAUAUUAUUUUAAGCGAACAAAAAUGCUUCCAGUCAGUGGUGCUUUUCACACAAGACUCAUGGAACCAGCAACAGAGCCUUUGGCUGAAGUUCUAAAAUCAGUUGAGAUUCAGAAACCAUUCAUCUGUGUCUAUUCGAACGUUGAUAGCAAAAAAUAUAUGCACUCAAAACACAUUCAACGUUUGUUAGUAAAGCAGCUUGUUUCACCUGUUAAGUGGGAACAGACUAUGCAUGCUAUAUAUGAAAGAAAACAAGGAGUAGAGUUUCCUUAUACAUAUGAAGUGGGGCCUGGGAAGCAGCUUGGAGCAAUCCUCAGAAACUGCAAUUUAAAGGCCUGGAAGCUCUAUAAACAUAUUGAUGUUUCAGAAGAUGAGGAAGCAAAGGAAACAGUUUUGAAGGAAAAUUCACAUGAUUCUCCCCCCCCGCUUAAUUUUAAAUGAUUUUAUUACUCCUGAAAGUUAGAUACGACAACCCUGAAGACUAAAGGCCUCUCUUUAUCUUAUCCCCAGAGGAGCUCAGCACACGCAAUUGCAAUGCAAGGUUUCCUUCCCCAUAUUACAGCUCCAGCACGUGUCAGACUUCCCAUGGAAGGACCACUUCUAAGGUUCGGCCAUUCAACCUGUCAUUUCUGAGAGACAGCCAACAAAGAUGCCAGUUUACUAUUAAAUUUGGGCCCGGUCCUGGUAGCAAAUCCACACAUGCAGGCCCUUUCAUCCAUGUGGCGUCAAGUUGAAAUCAGUAGGGUUCUGUCCAUGUGCAAAGGUCUUUUUGCUUGGAUCUAGUUGCAGAAUCAGGCCUUUUAAUAGUAUUUUCUUCUGUUUAUUAGGAUCAAGAAUUUAUUUAGAUAAACUAUUGGAUUAUAACAGCUUUCAGUCACUACCAUGUUUUGUUUUAUAAAGUAUCUAAUCAGUGGGACAAAUAACUGAAAUGCUCUUUUUUUAAAUUUUGUUUCUACAGGAAACGUUUUUUUCCAUGAGUCAGAUAAAUUAGAAAAUUAUUAUUAGAAAUACAGUUUUCUUAAGGUUGUAUUAUUAAUAAAUUAUUUAUAAAGCUCUUCCUCCAUGAA